CGCGCUGUCUAAUCACUCGACUGAUAACUGAUCAAUGGCUCGAAGUUGCGUAGGGAGUUUUAAUCGAUCAGCUUGUUUUCUUCGUGCGUUCAGAGAAGAUAAUCGUCGACCAUAAAAAAAAGGCAACAAAUUAAAUGAUUACAUACUGGAACAAUUGGUGUCUGUUCCGAAGUGAAAGCAGUGAAGAGAGUGGGAUGGAAUGGCAUACUUCGAAGUUGUAGGCCAAUCAGAAUCUUCAUGACAAUUCACUAAUAAAGAGAACCUUUCAUAUAAGAGAAAGAUAUAAGAAACCUGGAUUACGGAGGAGGGAGACGUAUAAUUGUUACAUAACUGUGGGAGACAAGUUAGUCUGCGGUGAAGUAGCGUUGCAUUCGAGUGUACGAUUAGUGACGAUGACGAGUUAUAAAUUGGUAUAUUUUAAUGUGAUGGGACUGGGAGAACCGAUUAGGUUUCUCCUCAGUUAUGGUGGUGUUAAAUUCCAGGACGUUCGACUGGAUAUUGGUUCCCAAGAAUGGACCAACUUGAAGCCAACUACUCCAUUCGGUCAGCUACCCACGCUGGAAAUCGAUGGCAAAGUUUACUCGCAAACGUUGCCUGUUUGCCGUUACCUGGCCAAACAAUUUAAUCUCCUCGGCAAAACCGAUUUGGAUGCGCUGCAAAUCGAUGCUGUAGCGAAUGCUCUUCACGACUUCAGGAGGCUGACGGUAUCGCAAUACUACAGAGAAGCCGAUCCGGUUUUGAAAGCCAAAAGAAAAGUCGAAGUAAUGACGAAAGUGAUACCAUUUUAUUUAAAUAAACUCGAAGAAUUGGUGAAAAACAAUGGAGGGUACUUUUAUGGUGGUCAGUUGAGUUAUGCUGAUCUCUUCUUCGCUGCUAUUUCGGAUUCCCUGAGUAUAGCUUAUGAAGCUGAUAUUACAAAAGAUACGCCGAAUCUAAAAUCUCUCAGACAGAAAGUUUUAGAAUUACCAGGUAUCAAAGAAUGGGUACAAACAAGACCGAAAACUGAAAUAUAAAUGCUUGAUAAAACAGACUUUGGGGACCACGCAUUUAAAUAAAUUGAAUGUUUUGUAAAACUACUA